AUGUCACUGACCUCCGAUUACCAGACGAAUACCAACCAUACGCGUGAGCCGCAUAGACAUGCAACUGAUCCCUACACACUGCUAGAGAACUCCACAGCACCACUGCACAUCGCCAAUGUCUAUUGCCAGGUCCAGGCAUACGCGUUCUACUACAACAGGGCCGGCAUUCCACUGACCUACGGCGAGUCAAUUUGGUUCUUCAAUGGAAUCCGCAUCACGAAUGGCAGCCAUGGUUUUACCGUCAUCACUGACACUGUAGACGGCGGCGCCGUUUUGAAUGGAGAGUACCGCACCGGCAGUAAACUGGUAUGGCCGUCACGUAUCACCUCAGACCUAACUGGGAACUAUACGUGUGCAAUGGGUAGGGUAUCCCGAACUUUCCGAAUACGUGUUAAAGUGCCCGCAAUGGUCGUCUAUAUCACGCCGACACAAGUGGUAAAAGAGGGCAGUGCUGUCAGCUUGGACUGCCGGUACAGGGGAGAUGAGCCAAUGACAACAACCUGGUUCUUCAAGGGCACGCAGGUGGCAGCAUUUGUUUCGCCGCAACCCAACUCACUGAGCAUAGGAGCAUCGUCGCUGGCAGAGUCUGGUAACUACACGUGUACCGUGAGCAAUGCAAUCAGGAACGACACUAGGACAAUCCAGCUCACCGUCACGCGCCUCCGAUGCACUGAUGAUCCGUUUCUCUGUGGCCUCAACACCCAGUGUGUGCCAUCUGAGCAUAGCUAUCGAUGCGAGUGUUCGCUCCCUUCCUACACGCUGCCUGGUACCCCUGCUAUUCCCGGAAGGCAGGGACGUCCAAGUGAAUGCCUGAACUCAUAUGACACGGACUACGAUAGCACCAUGGGACUUGGUGAAUCACCUACGUCCGCCAACGAAGCCAUGGCGCAGUGCCGUGGCGCGGACAGCAACAUGUUAAGCAAUCCUCUGACAGAGUCUACUAGCAGCUCAGUUCAUCUGCGAGGGUGUGGGUAA